AUGGGCCAGGUACGUGCGGGCUUUCCCGAGGGGCCUAUCAGCCGACGGGGAGAGCUCCAGGUCCGGCAUAUCAUCGUCGCCGCCGAUCCUGGAAUCGGGCAGGGAAUCGUCCGCGUCUGCGUCCGGGGAGAGGGGUGUGAUCUCCUUGGAACCCCAGAAGCUGGACGGGAGGUCGUAGGACACGUCGAUGGCGCUGAAGUCGAACGUAUCAUCCCCGUCCAGGCUGAGCGGAGCAUGCCAGAUUUGAGUGAUAGCGAACCACCUAACGAAUACAAGAUCAGAAGAAGACCGAAUACGGCCAGGUAUAAGUCACCGGCUAAACAACCUGCCAAGCUUCCAGAUGUAUAG